GCCAUUAACACUUUAAGUCGGAGCACGGACAGAAAAGAGUCAGGCCUUGACGUUGGCCGGAUGGUUAAAUCCAACCUCCAGACGAUCCUGAAUAGCCACUGUUUUGUCAGAGAAAAAGAGAGUAAUAUAUCCAAGAUGCCAGUGAUCGAAAUGACCCGUAAUAAACCCGAGAGUGAAAGUUCCCAUCGCUGCAGUAACCCGUGUCCGGGGCCUCUGUGGUGUUCCGAUGUCCCUCUCCCACCCCUGAAGAUCCCAGGUGGGCGAGGGAAUGAUCAGCGGGAUCACAGUCUUUCAGCUAAGCUAUUCUAUUCUGAUGCUCAGUUACUGGUUCUUGAGGAAGCCCCUCAGUUGAACAGCCGUGUACGUUUUUUGCUCUUUGAGCGGCACUGCUCUGUGAGCAAGCACUUAGUCUGGAGGGGGGCACUGAAAGGGGGAAACCUUUACAUUGAAAUCCCCACUGGUGUCCUCCCGGAAGGGAGCAAAGAUAGUUUUUCACUCUUGCUGGAGUUUGCAGAGGAGAAGUUACAGGUUGAUCACGUUUUCAUCUGCUUCCAUAAGAGCCGAGAUGACAGAGCAUCUCUGCUGCGGACGUUCAGUUUCAUGGGCUUUGAGAUUGUGAGACCGGGUCAUCCCCUUGUCCCAACCCGCCCCGACGCUUUCUUCAUGGCUUACAGUAUCGAAAGAGACUCCGACAGUGACGAAUAAAGCUUUUCAAUCACAUCUUGCUUCUAAUUAUUAUGCUGUAUAUCACUAAACAUGGUCACCAUUAAAAUAAACAUAGGAUGAAUGUCAAAAUAGUUUUUUUUUUUUCGUAUUUGCACUAGUGUAAACCAAAUUUCCAGUGACCAUUCGGUUUUAAGCUAUUACCACUGGGCUUACCUUCCAGUGUAAUUGGAUUCUUUGCUGGUUCCCCUUCAACCAUUCCCACACUGAUCAUUUGUAGUGCAUAAUAUUUAUAGUGAAGAUCCCUCAAACAACAUUGUUUGUAGAAUCAUGGUUUUCAUUGUUGAUGUUUUAUUUUUACAGUUGUUUUCUUAAUGCGUGCAUGAAUUGGAGUUUUUAGUUGUGACAUCAAUAGGAUCUGUCUGCAUGUUCAACAGUGUGCAGAAUAAAAAUGCUCACCCUAUACCACUAA